AUGAACUGAUUUGAAAUCAGUUAUAUAGAUCCUCCAGCUUCUGUAACAUCACUGGCAGGAAGAUAGAUAGCUAGAUGGAGGGUAAAGUUAGUAGUAGUGGCAGCGCUCUAAAUUUAGUCACCCUUCCGCUUGUGAACUAAAUACCAAUGACAACAGUCAAACUGACACCCACCCACUCAUUCGGUCACUCAGUCAGUCGGGUCGGAUACAGCCCCCUCUGCCCACCCUCCCCACGACAAGCCCCAGUGCCGGGGAACGCAAGCACCCACACGGGUCGCACUACUAAGUCUGAACCUCUUGCCUCUCACCUUUCUGACUUCCUACCCUGAGGAGACAGGCACAACUUGAGACUCCGCCCUGAGGGUCCUUCAGGACAGGGGCAGCCAUGUCACAGUUCUCCACCAUGACGACCAGGGAGAGGAAAAUGCAGGCGGCAGCAAUCUGUAGGGAGGUUCAAGCCCAGGAAGAUACAGAGAUGGCUCUUGGGAAGAAAGUCAAUGCGCCUAAGGACAUCAUGCUGGAGGAGCUGUCUCUUACCUCAAACCGGGGCUCUCGUCUCUUCAAAAUGCGCCAGAGACGCUCAGAAAAAUACACUUUUGAGAGCAUCCAGAAUGAAAACAACCAGCAGCUCAAUAACAUAAUGGUUUCUCAGACUGAGAAUGGGAGUGCCAUGGGCAGCCACAGCGGCGAGAACAACGUGGAUGUUGACCAAUCGCCUACUGUGCCAUCUGACACACCAGAUAGAAGCAUGGUGCCAAAUCCAGACAGCAUCGCCCCGGGGUAUGGAGGUCCUUUGAAAGACAUCCCUCCAGAGAAGUUCAACCGUACAGCUGUACCAAAGUCCUACCACUCACCCUGGGAGCAGGCCAUCAUCAGUGACCCGGCCUUGGCUGACACGCUCAACACCCAUAUGCCCGAGCCAGAGCCCCAACCUGACCUACCAGGCUACAAAAGUUUCAACAGGGUGGCAACCCCGUUUGGUGGCUUCGGUAAGGCACCAAGACGGGCUCCCAUCAAGUCCCUCCAGGUGGAACCUCUCCCUGACUACCCAGAGCUCCAGGGGGAUGCGGCAGUCAACCGACCCUCCUUCAACAGAUCUGCUCUGGGGUGGGUGUCGGUGGGCGAUCCAGUCCCCUUCCCUGCUGUUUCCCUUGAGCCUCUGCUCAUCCCUGAGUCAGAGGACCUUUGAUCCCAUAAUGAGGUCACACAGAGAUGCUGUCUACUUAGUUGCUGCACCAGAGGUUAUGGUGGGCGGGGUAACAGUUAGGUCAGAACAGAGUCAGGGUGAAAGAAAGUGUUAAGUUACCAUGUAUGCAGCAUCCCUGUUUUUUUAGGGAUGUUUACCAUUGCACUGCUCUCACAAAUUAAGUAAUCAUCCUGUACGGUAGGCAGAGACACUACUGGAAGAAAUGGAAUUUAUUGUAUAUUAAUGUGCAUAAGAGUAUUUUAUCUCGCAGACACAAGUUUUUGCUCAAUAAAAUGGUGUAGAAUGCAACAAGUCCAACAUAAUUUUUUUCUAUUUUAAAUUUUUUCAUGCUUGAAAUUUGAUUUCUGCCACUAAAAGGGUCUGAGAUGCUUCUGGUUUUGGAUAUGGAUACAAAUCUGUAACAUAUUCUACAACAUGCCCCCAGGUAAUAAUUUCACAGCGAGUGGGUAUGCGCUACACUGAAGGAUCACUUGAGAAAAAUGAUGCUGCACCUGUGUGUUACACUCCUAUGGAAACCCAUCACUUAUCGCAUCGUGUGAGAGAGAAAAGAUACAUGUGAACCACUGUAACAAGCCUCAAGGUUACACUGCCUGACAAAUCAAAUCUGCUUCACUGACAUGAGCAUCAAGAUGGAUGCGUCUCUCACCUUUUGGCUAUGCCAAAUCGAAGGAAUGGGAUUAAUGGGUGGGCUGCUUGAUGAGCUGUGUCCACUCCAUAUCUCUAUCUAUCUCUACAGCAAUUGGGAAUUUAUCACAGACGUGACAUAACAGACUUGACUGAUUAAAAGUUACCAGCAGGUUUGAGAAGAGCUGCAUAGACAAUUUACAGUGGGUUAACUGUUUCUUUAUUCAGCUAAACAAAGAGCAAAGCUCAUUAUUUUGCUUGGUCUGAAAUUUCAAGUUUUUGAGUACUCCUGUCACAUACACUACAGACGAAUAGGGUAAACUUUUUAAUAGUGAUAUCACCAUUAAACUUCCCAAGUUAAUUACA